UGAACUCAUUUUCAGGAUUAGCUGAACUUUCACAAUUCUCUCCAGAUCAAAGUUCUUGCUUUGGAAACAGCAUGUUUGCUUGGGAGACAAAAGGCUCUGUCUCUUUUGACCCAUUUUAACAAUACUCAGCAUAUUGCUCCAAUUUCUCUUUUGAGUAAAGAACAUAGCCUAACACCAAACUCCCUUACUAGCACAUUGAUGAGGGCUUACCAAGAUAAACAGAAUGAUAACUCAGUCUCAGUUUUGAAGGGUUCUACAGAUGCUAAAUCAAGGAAAAGAAGAACUCCUUCUCUAAAAGGACUCUCAAAAAGAAAAGACGUCGUCUUGAAGUCCCUUCUCAGAAAAAUAAGAAGAUUUCAUUGGACACAGUUCAAGAAAACUACAAGCUUCGGAGUUAAGCAAAAGAUAUCAAUCGAACACCAGAGACUGCUUCUUAUUAAGUACAUUGAGCAUGAAUUUGGGAUGGAGUCUAAUGAAGAGUUCUUGGACACCCUUGACAAGGUCUUGCUCAUGAGAGAGAUUAGGAAUAGAACUGCCAACAUUUAUAACGACUUGCUACACAGUUAUAACAGAAGAAAGCUACAAAUCUGAAUGAACGAUCCAUACUUCAAAUGCCUCGUGUUCCACUAUUCUUUCGAAGUAAACCCCGAUGAAAUCAAUAAAGAUGAGGAAGAAGGCUUAAAGAUGAUUCUCAAGUUAUAAACACCACAAUGUGAUAGACUACCACAGGGCUCACUCUAGUUCAUUUACCAUAAUUGAUAUCAUAAAUUUUGAUAAAUCAUUAAUAAAACCCUCUUAUAUCCUA